CAAGAUGUCAUGGCAAUCUACAGCAUCCAGGAGAUUAAUGACAGAAUAUAAGCAAUUAUCCACUCAAAGUUUAGAAGACUCUAUGUUCACUGCAGGUCCUAUAUCAGAGGAUAAUAUGUUUGAAUGGGAAGCACUCAUACAAGGUCCAGAUGAUACUCCAUUUGAGGGUGGUGUUUUCGCUGCCACCCUUUCGUUCCCGAAAGACUACCCAUUAGCACCAUUUAAAAUGAAAUUCACACCUGCUAUCUUCCAUCCGAAUGUAUACGAUGAUGGUAACGUAUGUAUAAGUAUCUUGCACCCCCCAGGUGAUGAUCCUCUUAUGUAUGAGAGGUCGUCCGAACGUUGGUCACCAGUACAAUCAGUAGAGAAGGUAUUACUAAGCGUUAUUAGUAUGCUAGCAGAACCAAAUAUUGAAUCACCAGCCAAUAUCGAUUGCGCAAAGCUCUUCAGAACGGAUAGGAAGGCUUACGAUGAUAAAGUUCGACAAUCAGUCGCCGAUAUGCUUGGUAUCGACGAGAGUGAAAUAGAGGCAGAGAUUAAAGCGGCUCAAAUUUCAGAGAAGGAAACUAGUUAAACUGGGUUAACCAUUUAAGAAUAUAGAAAGAGUGUAUUAGUCAAUUAAAUAUAGUCAUGUCAAUAAUAAAUAUCAAGAUCAAGUAAAUAGUCCAUCAUUUUAAGAUACUUGAGUAGCUGGCUUCGGAAUGUUGAAAACUUAUUGAUUGUUUUCAUUAAGAGUGAGAUCUAAGCUGGUUUAGUUGAUGUUUUCAGUGAUUAUAGUGAGAUCUUACUUGACAACUUUGUCCUAAAGAUCUCCUGCUGAUCAAUUACAACAUUGCUAGCGGCAAGCUUCAACUUGUCUGACUCUUUGAGACUAAUACACGGUAAUGAGUAAACAGACGGUGGUACACUCUGACUUGACCAUCUUCUGGAGCAAGGAAAUGAGUUAAUUGCACUUGAGCUUGAGCUUGGAGAUGAAGCCUGGAUCUCCUUCCAAAAGUCAUCGCCAUUUCUGAGAUGAAUCGGAAUUGAUUUUGAUACAAUUUCUUUAU